UAUUGGAUAUUUGGUGCUCUUGUGACGAAGUGCGGAAGUAUACGGAACACUCCAACAACAGUACAACAACAAAAAAGUGAUAUAUAAAGCUAAUAUGGAACAAACCAAUGAAGGUGGGAACUUGGCCCAGGUCCAACAUGUGGUGUUGAUACUGUCUGGAAAAGGAGGGGUGGGCAAGAGCACCCUCACCACAGAGCUAGCCCUGGCCCUAAGACACGCAGGCAAGAAGGUUGGGAUCCUGGACGUGGACCUGUGUGGUCCCAGUAUCCCCCGCAUGCUGAGUGUGGGCAAGCCAGAGGUGCACCAGUGUGACUCGGGCUGGGUGCCCGUCUACACAGAUGCCCAGAAGAGCCUGGCGCUCAUGUCCAUAGGCUUCCUGCUGGAGGACCCAGACGAAGCAGUUGUCUGGAGGGGCCCAAAGAAAACGGCUCUGAUUGGCCAGUUUGUGUCUGACGUGGCGUGGGGGGAACUGGACGUGCUCCUGGUGGACACCCCCCCGGGGACGUCAGACGAGCACCUGGCCGUCCUGGAAAACCUGAAGAAGCAGCACAAAGUGGACGGAGCCAUUCUGAUCACUACACCGCAGGCAGUAUCGACGGGGGACGUCAGGAGAGAGAUCACGUUCUGUAAGAAGACAGGCUUGCGCAUCCUGGGGAUUGUAGAGAACAUGAGUGGAUUCGUGUGUCCACACUGCUCUGAAUGCAGUAAUAUCUUCUCCAAGGGAGGAGGAGAGGAGCUGGCCAAGUUGACAGGAUCAGUAUAUUUGGGCUCUGUGCCCCUGGACCCUCUGCUCACUACCAGUAUAGAGGAGGGCAAAGACUUCAUCCAGACAUUCCCAGACAGCGCCACCUUCAGUGCCAUCAACAGCAUUGCACAGACCCUCCUAACAAGCAUACAGAAUCCCUGAGCAUUCAAAUCCCAUUGCAUAUUCAAUAGCAAUACAGUAUUGUAGUAUUUAGCCUUUUUUUAAAUCAUGUUGAUAGAUACAAUUGUGCGUCUGUGUGAUAAUAUAUAUAUCUUGUCAUAUACUACUGGUAUGUAAGCUUCAGAAAUCUACCCACAUGUAAUACUUCAAUUUUAAUAAAGUGUGCUGAUGUUUAAUUGA